UCCAGGGCUAGGCUGAGACACUGGCUAUGUCCCAGGGGCUGCUACUGUGGCUGUUGCUGAGCCCAAGUGUGGUAGGGGCCUCCAGGGGCCCCCUGCGGCCACUGUGCCGGCCUGUCAACGCGACCCUGGCUGCAGAGAACGAGGCCUGCCCAGUCUGUAUCACCUUCACCACCAGCGUCUGUGCCGGCUACUGUCCCAGCACGGUUCGAGUACUGCCGGCUGCCUUGCCGCCUGUGCCCCAGCCUGUGUGCACCUACCGUGAGCUGCGCUUCGCGUCUGUCCGCCUCCCUGGCUGCCCCCCUGGUGUGGACCCCAUGGUCUCCUUCCCCGUGGCCCUCAGCUGCCGCUGCGGGCCCUGCCGGCUCAGCAGCUCUGACUGCGGGGGUCCCAGGGCUCAACCGCUGGCCUGCGACCUCCCCCACCUCCCCGGCCUCCUCUUCCUCUGAGGAGCUGGCAGGUCUUCCACCUGCCCCUCCCAAUAAAGGCUACUUUACAACUGCA